CUAAAGUCGAGACGGAAACACUUAAAAUCAAGUCCGCUAAUCGCAUUUGGAGAUGGAAACCGGAUAAUAAAAAUUUUGCUCCUGCAGAGAUCAAGCCAGUGCUUUACAAGAAGACGCCUAUUGAUAAGGGUCUACCUGGUAUUCUGACUAUUAACGGUAUUUACGAGAACGAAGGAACAUAUUUAAAUUCUGAGGUGCUUAUCUUGCCAUACAUCAAAGAUUCCAAUGGCUAUCCGUUGCCUCCGAAGUCUCCGUUGCUAAAACUACCGCUAAAUGAAAAAUUGGGUAACUGGCAUACUGUGGAACUGAUCCCUGACUCUAAUGGCUUGAUCAAUUUGAUCGCAGUCGCAAACUCGGAUGGAACAGUAGACGUAUUCACAAAAGAAGGAAAAAGGAAAAACUCUUUCAAUUUGCCACACGCACAUGGACUCGUUUGGGAUGGCAAAACAUCGACUCUAUUUGCACUUGGCCAUACGGAUCUGCAGACAUAUCAGCUAGACCCCAAGGAUUCCUCAAAUUUAAGGCUAUUAACAACACUUGACUUCUCGGAAUACUAUGAAAAUAAGAAUAAAGAGAGAGAGCAGGAUAAGGACGGUGGGCACGACUUAUGCCCUGUUCCGGGCGAGAGGAAACUUUUUUUGACAACGGGUGAACGGACAUUUAAAUUCGACAUAGACGAGUAUGAAAAGCUCAUUCCGAAAGGAAAAAAGAUAUUGGAACGUUAUAUACUUAAAAAAGAUGGAAAGGUAUUAAAACCUUACCAGCCAAUGUUUAAAAUAGAUAGCAAGUAUUGGCGACACAUCGCGUCAGACGAAACAACUUCUCCAAAGGCGAAAGGGUUGAAAAACAGAGUAACGCCAAAGAAAGGAGGAGUAAAGUCAAUCUCCCAGAUCCCUGGGACGAGUGUUGUCAUCGCUCACGCUGCGCCUUGGUUCGCUUAUAGUAGUGAGCUGGGUGAUAAUGAGGUGGAGUAUCCGUACACUUCGAAUUUAUUGCUAGUUACCACAGGCCCAGAGGAUAAGCCUCUCCCGGAUGAUAAACUUAUUGACGUUGAUCUAACUAAAGGACAUAAAAUCGAAUUUUCGGAAGCAAUCUUCUAUAAGGCGCGUGUAUUGGACUUUCCCAAAUAA